AAAUUCAUAAGCAUUCGAGCAAAUUAACAAGAUAGCGUUGAGAAAGGUGAUAUCUGAAAAAAUGUCGGGAAAUGGUGCAUCGAGUUCAUCAUUGAACAUGAUAUCAGGUGAAGACGUGGUUAACAAUAACUUGAGUGCGCUGGUUGUUGAUGAUAGUCCACUUCUGCGAUUGCUCCAUGAUAUACAUCUUAAGAAGUAUGGACUAAAGGUUCAAGUUGCUGAAAAUGGGAAAGUUGCUGUCGAUCUUUUCCAUUUGGGAGCUUCUUUCGAUCUCGUUCUAAUGGACAAGGAAAUGCCUGUCAUGAAUGGUGUUGAGGCUACUAAGGAGCUGAGAGCUAUGGGGGUGACUAGCAUGAUCGUUGGUGUAACUUCAAAAGACGGACCGGGUGAGCAGCAAGCUUUCAUGGAGGCAGGCUUGGAUUAUUGCUUUGAAAAACCUUUGACUCCUGAGAUCAUCAGUUUUCUUCUGGAAGAGCUCAACAAGCACAACAACAAGAAUUAA